AUGACAAACUAUCCCCUCCUAAUUAAUUUCAUCAUAGCCCUCUCCUACGCCCUACCCAUCCUAAUCGCAGUAGCCUUUCUCACACUGGUAGAACGCAAAAUCCUAAGCUACAUACAAGGCCGAAAGGGCCCAAAUGUCGUAGGCCCAUUCGGACUCCUGCAACCCCUAGCCGAUGGGGUAAAACUAUUCAUCAAAGAGCCCAUCCGACCUUCAACCUCCUCCCCAAUCAUGUUUCUCAUAACCCCAAUGCUGGCCCUCCUACUAGCAAUCUCCGUUUGAACCCCACUCCCCCUUCCAUUCUCCCUAGCAGACCUAAACUUAGGCCUACUAUUCCUGCUAGCCAUAUCAAGCCUAGCAGUAUACUCAAUCCUGUGAUCAGGGUGAGCUUCCAACUCAAAAUAUGCCCUGAUCGGAGCACUACGGGCUGUAGCCCAAACAAUCUCCUACGAAGUAACCUUAGCAAUCAUCCUACUAUCUGUGAUCCUUUUAAGCGGAAACUACACCCUUGGUACCCUCGCAGUUACCCAAGAACCCCUCUACCUAAUCUUCUCCUGCUGACCUCUAGCCAUAAUAUGAUAUGUGUCUACACUCGCCGAAACUAACCGCGCCCCAUUCGACCUAACAGAAGGCGAAUCAGAACUAGUCUCCGGGUUCAACGUAGAAUAUGCAGCAGGCCCCUUCGCCCUUUUCUUCUUAGCUGAAUACGCCAACAUCAUACUCAUAAAUACACUAACCGCCAUCCUGUUCUUUAAUCCCAGCUUCCUAAAUCCACCCCAAGAGCUAUUCCCCAUUGUAUUGGCUACAAAAGCACUGCUUCUAUCAGCAGGGUUCCUAUGAGUCCGUGCCUCCUACCCCCGAUUCCGAUACGACCAGCUAAUACACCUACUAUGAAAAAACUUCCUACCACUCACACUAGCCCUAUGCCUCUGACACACCAGCAUACCGAUCUGCUACGCGGGCCUACCGCCUUAUCUAAGG